AUGCCUCACGCAAUCGUAAUACCACCAACUUCUUCAAUACCAACUUUUUCUGGAAAACAUUCUGAACGUCCAAAACAAUUUCUUGUUCGUAUACAGGAAUACGCAGAAACCGUACACGGUUGGGAUCGUUCAACGUUGCUUACUGGUAUCUCGCAAUUUUUACGAGAUACUGCUUUAGAUUGGUAUUGUCAAUUGAAGGUUUCAGGUCGUCAACCCCAAACAUGGGCAGAAUUCGUCGAAUCAUUUCUCUCACAAUUUAAUUCACCAAUUCGUAGUGCUCGACAAGAACAAGAAUGGUACGAAUGUAAACAAAAAGAAGAUGAAACAAUUAAUGAAUUUGUUAUACGUUUACGAGCGUUGUGGACCGAACAGAAACCAAAAGAAACUGAAGUCGACUUAGUUAAACAUUUAUUUUGCAAAAUGCGUAAUGAUUUACUCAGUAUGAUUGGAGUACCUCGCGGUGCAACGUUAGAUGAAAUUAUUAUGGAAGCUCAGAAGGUGGAAGAAGUUUUAUAUCGUCGUAAAAAAGAAGAACGCCGACUAAAAUAUUUAAACCAAACUUCAUUUCAAAAUGAUACGUCAAAUGUUGGUAAACCCCAAGAUAAAGUAAUGAAUGAAUAUGCAAAACCUCUAUUAAAUAUGAAUGCGGAAUAUUCGUUAAAUAAUAGAACAGUUCCGGUUCAACGAACAAUAUUUAAUAAAAAGAAUCAUGAUCGAUCGUUUCCAACCACAAAUUAUUACAAACAAACAACUGCUGAAAUAGGUAAUAACCAACAAUUAGAAUCAAUGAAAUGUUACACUUGUGGAAUGUGGGGUCACGUGGCUAUAAAUUGUCCCACAGGUAGUACAAAGAAUUACCGACGUGGUGAAGGAAAUUCGUAUUCAAAAAACGACAGAAGAGCGGUGGAUCGACGGGAUACCGGCGCUCGUUAUUAA